CGCUUGUGCGUAAAGAAAUGAGAGGGAGGGGGGUGAUGUGGAGGGACACGGAGCGGUCUGUGGGGGCGUGCAUCAGCUCCUUACCAGCUCGUGGCUAGAGAGCUGACAGUGGUACAAGGCUCCUGGCCGGGGAUAGAGGAGCGCGUCCUCUUCCUCCUCCUCCUCCUCCUCCUCCUCCUCCGCCCCGCGGCUGUUUCCUGCAGGUAAAACGCGGAUUUUGCCGUCGGCGACUCUUCAUGUUUUCAGUCUUUACACGCCGCCGCUGCGGAGAAGAGGCACACGGACCCGCAGAAACACUGUGGGAGGAUGUGUGAAAGACAGACCGAGACAUCCUGAGGGCCCGAUCACAGCUCACCACUCCAAGGCAGAUCAUGGCUCCAAUCUUUCUCCUGAUUCCGGCCCUCCUCCUCCUCUCCUGCCAGUUUUCAGAUGCUCAGACCGUCAUCGGCUCUUCCUCCUCCUUCUCCUCCUUGGAUGCACCCAAGAAGACUUUGCCUUCGCCAACCAAGCAGCCUGCGGGAUUCUGGCCCUCUUUACCUCCCAGAGGGCGCAGCGAUGUGCCCAUCAGAGUAACGGGUCGCAGUCGGUCCACAACAGCAAAUGCAGUGGAUGUGGGGCAAAGCACGAGCCAUACAAGUCCACAGUUCACUGCUUCUUUCACGUCGGCCCUUUCCACGCAGAAUCUCAGCAGGGGGUCAGUUGUAGCUCAACCGACUGCCUCCAGACCGAGGACUGACACGUCUAGCCUGGCAUCAAGCAGGGCUUUUACAAAGAGGGAUACUACGACAAAACCUCCAACUCUUCCCACCGUGCCCUUCACUGCUCCGCCCAAACCUGAAGAUCAUGAACAAGCAACCAUUUCAAAUCCAGAGGAGGAAACUAUGAAAGACACUGAGGAUGAGGAUUCACAAGGAUCUGGAUCUGGUGGGACUCCGACAGCAAAGAUAGUGAAGGAGAACUCUCCCAGUCCCCCGCCAACAGUCGCUGAUGAGAUGGCACAACACCGGCCACCGGCUCAGACUGUAAUAUCACAAGUUUCUGAUGUGAAAUCCCCAUCUCCGGAGAGUCAGACUGUAAAUCCUCAUCUGUUAAUGCCCACACCAACAAGCACAACCCGCACGAUUGCUGCAACACCAGAGACUACGACAGAAACCACUGUGGCAACAGAGCAAACACCUCAGAUUAAAGUAAUAACAGGUGAACUGGCAGCUGACACUCCUCCCACUGACAGAGGUCAUCAGAAGCAGGACUCGGCUGCAGUCACUUCACCACGACCUGCAUCGAACGCCACGCGCUCCUCAGAUAAACUACUACAGACCGUGACGUCCCCAAGCCGGAGGAGCUCACAAGUACACACCACAAGGCCACAGACGACAACCGCGUCCACUGCUGGAGGGCUCACUGCCUCACAGACGACUGUGAGGACAUCCCCCAAAGCCACAGCGACGCUCGGCAAAACAGCACAAUCGGGACAGACGGCAACAAGCGUCGAGCCACCAAGAACAGGAUCUUCUUCUGUCAUCACCUCCAGUCUUGAGCCAGUCACCGGUGUGAGAUUUGGCCCCACAAAUCAGCCUGGAAUGGGUCAGAGAAAUCGCUCGCUGAUGAUUGGCCAUCCUCACCAAGCUCCUCAUUCCACAACAGAUCCAGCCCCCUCUCCGAGUGCCGGACCCUACUUUAACGGCACGCGUCUUUACUGGGGCGAUUUGAGCCGGACGCUGGCCUUCGCCUGGGAACUGCAUGUCUACGGCUCUGCCAGUCUCUUCCUCCUGCUGUUUGCUGGAGCCGCUCUCGGGCUUACUCUGUCCCCGAGCACAAACUGUCCUCAUCGAGGCGCUCUUGCACUUGCGAACGCCUUUUUGUUUUUGGCAGGAGGGCUCAGAGCGACUCUCUUUUUCGUCGACCCCUAUGGCACACGGAAACUACUUCCCCACUCCGCAGUCACGGCCCUGUACAACUUACCUCUACACCUGCUGGUGUGGACCCAGGCCACCCUGGCACUGCUGGCAUUGAGGGCAGCAGGAAUAAGUGUGUUGCCUUCCACUCUGGAGCGCCCCCCGCUGGUAGCUGUGCUGGCCGUGUUGCAGUGCACUUUGCUCCUGGCAGCUGACCUGCUGUCCCCGGCUCUGUCUCCUGUGGUUCCAGUCACACUUCAGGUCCUGUCCCUGUGUUGGGGGCUCGGCCUCUGUCUGGGCUUUCUUUGCUAUGUCUUUCCACGUAUUCGCUGCCCCGCUCUUCCACACCCUGGAGCCCCUGAAGAGUCCAGGAGGAAGGCUUGGGUAGGCAGCAGGAGGUUAGGAGUUAUUCUGGCGCGAGUGCUGGCCGCCUGUGCAGUUUUAGGGGCUUUGUGUUGUGGAUUGCAUGUCCACGCCACCUUUUGGCUCUAUGGACUUUUAGGGGAUUGGAUACGCUUUAACUGGGGGUGGUGGUUGGUUCACUUCUGGGCCCGGCUUCUGGAACUGGCUUGGGGUUUCUCCCUCCUAGUCCUAAGCUCCUGGGUGUUCUGGAGGCCUCGGGAUUGCCGUGGAAGGGAGGAAGAGGGUCAAGACAGUAGAGUAGGGGGAGACCUGCCGUCCCCUGGCCAGUCUGUAAAUUCUAAUCAGAGACAUACCUGCUGGUCUAAGAUUGUCCAGAGCCUGAAAGGGAGACCCAGUAGAAAAUCCGACAGUAACGGAGUGGGAGGCGGAAUCGCAGUACCAGGGGAGGUCCCGAACAACUGGGCUGGUCAGGAGCGUCCUGGGGCUGACAUUAGCAAGAGCCUGAUCAGGAACCAAAAUCACGAGCAAGCCAUUGCUCCGCCACGAUGCGUCAAAGACAGCAACCGGGGACGUAAUCACAGGGGCCACUCUGCAGAACGAGGCAUAUCCGACGGCUCCACCGGUUCUCUGCUGAGACUGCAAGCAUUGGGCCUGCCUCCGCAGCGCUCGGUGAGCGGCAGUUUGGAUCAGGACAGGGACACAUCACUGUCUCUUUACGACUUUGAUCUGCGACCCCCGUCCCCCAUCGAUCUGACUCGCAGCAUUGAUGAAGCCCUUCACAGAGAACACCUGCUCGGCACAGGAAGCCUGUUUCAUCCUCUGAACCAGCCCUCGCCAUCUCCAUCUCCGGGGUCCGGGGCCAGCCAAGGGCCCUGGCUCCGCAGGAACAGUGAUCCUCAGUUGCUUUCUGAUAGUAGUGAUGCCCCAACAGAGUCUUCCAUGCCACUGGGGGGCAGUGUUCUCAGUAGUGUGCCCAGCAGGCAGGUGACUGCACCUCCAACACCUUCCCACCAGGGUCACAGGUGGGCUGGUAACGGGUUAGGAAGUGUCCCUUCUUCAGUGUCCUGCCCCGUUUCUCUUCGUCCUUCCAGAACUUCAUCCGGGCACCUUGAGGACGGCGUGGACGACACGCGGCCGUUCAUAACGCCAGACUCUGAGAGGGUCCCAGGGAGAGCUGCAAAACCAGUGGGCUCACGCAGCUACCUGGAAGUCAGUCGACAUGAGGAUUCUGCCAGUGUCAGCAGUGAAAUUAUUGACCUAUAAACCAAACUUUUGGCUAGAGGACGAGCAGAUACAGCAAUUCCACAAAUACUGCUUCUAACCAAGAUUCAGCACACUUUGAAAAUAUUUUGUCAUUAAACUGCCUAAAGUAUUUAUUUUCAUUGACAUGAACAUCAAGAAGAGAUUAUAGGUGAUAAAUGUAUCUUUUAGUUGUCUUUCACGUCUUCUAGAGGUGUAUCAGCUGUGUUUUUGAAGCAGAAAUGUUAAAUAUUUUACUCCAGAAGUAAAGCUGGUUGCUUAAGUGAAGUGGUUCACAAAGACACAAUGAUGAUAUGGUUCACCUCUGGGGGACGCCUCAGAGAUUCGGUUGGAGGGGCUGCAGCAGCACGUGACAUCUGGCAGGCACAGUGUUCUUAAAGGAUUGUGAGGGGCUUGUUAUCCAUCACUCUGAGAACCUCUGAUACAGCACAUAUGAACCAGACAGCACAAUGUCUUCUGAAGUGUUAAUUUUUUCCUCCCAUGCUCAUGCAUUUCUUCUUUUACUUGUCUGCAUAACACUGGCAUAACAAAGUACACCAUUCAUACACAAAUACCCUGGCUUCACAUUUCUGAAGCUGAUCCAAAGUCCAAAGUUGUGAAGUGAACAAAGCUUCGGGAUAAUCACCACAAUAAUGAAAGGCAAAAGACAAAUGUGAAGCUCAUGCUGUUGUUUCUGUGAAUCCCAUGUCUGCAUAUAAUUGGUUGUGAAUUGACUUGCUUUUAUAGGACAUACAGUACUUCUCGUCUUCCAUAUGUCAGUUUGCUUUGUAUUGUCAAGAUGUGCCAUACAUAUUCAUGGUUGGUUUUUGUGCUAUUUAUAAUAGGUGUACAAACCCCAAAUUUGGGUUAACCUCCUCGACAUGUUAGUGUCAGUACAUAGUGACUCAGCUGCAUAUGACUACGCCUAAGCUCUUAACUCCCUGCUGCUGUUGCACUUGUCCACUUUGCCUUGUACCUUCAAACUGAUUACACAAAGAGGUAUGCAGUAUGCGCUUCGGUGUGUUACUGCUGGAAAUGAACUACGCUGUUAAUGGACACAACUGACUCAAAAUUAAUUUUGUUAUGUUAAUUUGGUGCAGGUCAAAGCUUUCAAAUUAAUAGUUAUGCAUCACUGAAGCCACUGACUGCAUUUUGGUUGAGUUUGCAUCCAAAUAUUUACAAUAGUUAUGGUCUGUUGCAUUAGGUGGACUCAAACAGUUUGAUCAGUAUGCACAUACUUCACGGCUUUGCAGGGCUGCAACGCACAAGACUGGCUUUGCGCAAACUCCAGAUCUAUUAUCGUAGACAGAAUACAAUAACACAGCACUUAACUGUAAGCCUGAGCACUAGACUGAAGUAUUUUACUACCCAAGAGAAAAAUAUCUUUCAAAUAUAUGACGUAUGAGUGACAAUGUAAAUAUAGUUAUUUUUGAUGUUCAUGAAUAAAGGUGUAAAAUGGUCAUAGUUGUUACUGUGAAAGACAAUCUAAGGUG